AUGGUUCAAGACCCGUCAGGAGAAGCUGUACCCAACACGUCCCAGCACGACUAUCAGACUAGAGAUGUGAGCGACGAUGAAAUUCAGUUGCCUGAACAAAUGUUGCCGUACGAAUUGGCUCCUCUUCUCAAUACACCAUCUUAUCCAUACUCACCCUCGCUGUCUCCCAAUCCUCAGCAAGGCCAGUCUCAAAGAACCGUUCAUGCAGAUCACUCUGUUGUCACAUUUAUCGACCAAGGGGAUGAAUCAGCAUUCGAGCCCAUCCGACCGGAACGCCGCGGUCGCUUCUCCUGGCUCCCUGUACUCCUUCUCCCCGGCCGCUUCGCCGUUGGUGUCUUGUCGUUCUUAGCAGGCACCGGUCUUUCAAAAAAGGCUGGAUUCGCACGCAGUACCACCCUCUUGGGCGGGUGUGUCACUGUUGUCAUAGGUCAACUUCUGGUUUCCGUCGGGUUGCGACAUACUCGACGCCGGGGCGAAGAGGAGGGCAAGCGGGCCGCGAAAGCUCAUACAGACCACAUGGCCUGGUUAGAUGCCAUUCAAGCAGUGGGCAAGAUUGUCGAGACUUUCUCGGAUGGACUGCGUGGUCCACACUCGUCAAAACACAUAUUUCUGGACACUUCUCUCUUGAGAAUCUUGCACGACUCAUGUUCCGAGAGCCAUUUGAUAACCGCUACUAGAAAAUCUCCAAGUCAGACUGAUGUACUUGUUCUGGGACGUUACUAUAUGGACUACGCGUUGUCGACGUACGGCUUUAUGCUUUUGAAACUGUUGGGAGUCAUGGAUCCUUCCUUUAAUUUCAUGACACAUGGGACUCGCGGAGUGGACGUCGCACAAUAUAUGUUAAGGCUACGACCGGAUCAGAUCCUUGUCUCCAAACUGGAUGGCGAAGGAAUUAGAGCACCCCGCCACUUUGUUGCUGUCGACGAAAGAGAAAAGUCCAUUGUGGUCGCGAUUCGAGGCACGAAUUCGAUUAGCGACAUUAUCACAGAUUUGCUGUGUGACAACGAGCCUUUUGCAGGCGGAUACGCGCAUGGUGGCAUGAAACGAGCUGCAGAGUCGUUAUACACAGCCAUAUUACCCACGUUACGUUCUGCAUUGGCGAAGUAUCCAUCGUACAUCAUUGCUGUCACUGGCCAUAGUCUCGGCGCCGGCGUCGCCAUCCUGUUGACUAAGGUGCUUCUAAUGAACGGCUUCACAGAUGUGAAGUGCUACGCGAUUGCUCCAUGUCCAGUGUUUGGACCGAUGCAUCGCGUGGAUUCGGAAUGGAGCGAUGCCCUCGAAUGUUUCGUUCACCACCAUGAUUUAGUGGCCAAACUUUGCCUUGCUUCGGCAAGAAAUUUGGCUCUAGAAAUGGAAAGAAUCGAUGAGCUGCAGUUGACCGUCCCUGAGAAGAAACAAUUAGUAGAAUCCCGAAGAGUUGAGAGACUAGAAAAACUGCUUCUCAGGCAUCAACGACAAUCUCGCGACCCCCGCGAGAAGCAAGUGGAGCAACUCUUUAUCCCGACGCACCACGGAAUUCAUUGGUUGAUACACGACCUAGACACGGAAAAGGCGGACGCAAUAUCUCCAGGGCGGGAGGAAGAAUUCCUAGGGCAAGCAUACAUUCCAGAUGCUCGGUACGCUAGCUAUGUUGUACGUCCAAGAUUAUUCCGAAGAAUUCUCAUCACACCUGGGUGCGUGAGCUCGCACUUCCCGAGCAGCUACACUAAGGCAUUCGCUGCACUGGACCUUCCACCUCGAGAGGUUCGCGCCCCACUGUCUCCGCGGACAUUUGACGAGAGUAUCUUGCUUCGAUACGAUAACGAAUUGGGUUAGGCGUGCUACUUCGGAAGUCGUAUCUGUGCCCGUACCACAUUUUUCAACAGUAUAUUCGCGCACCACUAACUAGGGACAUACAUUUCAACAAUGCUACAUGACGAGAGCGGUAUUGUUCCCAGCUUUAACGCUGUGAAGCAGGUUAUUUACUAAAUCCACAUGCUACAGGCAGAGAUUAUCCAAUAUGGAAA